UGCUCACUUCGGGCCGGGGCGCGGGAAGGUGCUGGUGGUUCCUGGGGCUGAGCGUCGUCGGAGCUGAGCGGCCAGAAGGACAGGACUCGCCCGCCGGCCACAUCCCGGGCCGGCCUCCAUCCACCGCGUGACGGGUGCCAUCCUCGGGCCCGCCAUCCCCGCGCCGUCGCCGUCGCCGCCGACCUCGACCUCCAAGAACCGCGGAAAGAAUCACAUGAACUUGGUCCUCGUCUCCCCCUCAGCCCUCCACGACGUAGAAGGACACCGUGGCCCUCAGCCUCGAGGCGCCGGGGAGGCUGGGCGAGAGACCUCCGUCCCGCGGCCUGCAGAGCGCCCCGUCGCGGAGACCCGAAACCCUCUGGAUCCCAGGGUCACUCCUCCACUCCCGACAUCGCUCUUGGCCUGUGCACGAGCCCUGUUCUGACUCUCUGCCUCAGAGAGGAUCAUGCAGCUGGAGAUCAAAGUGGCCCUAAACUUCAUCAUCUCCUAUUUAUACAACAAGCUGCCCCGGCGCCGGGCAGACCUGUUUGGGGAGGAGCUAGAACGGCUUUUGAAAAAGAAGUAUGAAGGCCACUGGUACCCUGAGAAGCCAUUGAAGGGUUCCGGCUUCCGCUGUGUCCACAUUGGGGAGACAGUAGACCCCGUGGUGGAGCUGGCUGCCAAGCGGAGUGGUCUGGCAGUGGAGGAUGUGCGUGCCAAUGUGCCCGAAGAGCUGAGUGUCUGGAUUGACCCUUUUGAGGUGUCCUACCAGAUUGGUGAGAAGGGAACUGUGAAAGUCCUGUACCUGGAUGACAGCGAGGGGGGUGGUGCCCCAGAGCUGGACAAGGAGAUCAAGAGCAGCUUCAACCCUGAUGCCCAGGUGUUUGUGCCCAUCGGCAGCCAGGACGGCUCCCUGUCCAGCUCUCCGUCUCCGUCCUUUGGCCAGUCGCCCAGCCCCACCUUCAUCCCCCGGUCCGCCCAGCCUGUCACCUUCACCACUGCCUCCUUUGCUGCCACCAAGUUUGGCUCCACGAAGAUGAAGAAGGGCGGCGGGGCGUCCGGUGGGGUGAGUGGGGCUGGCGGUGGGGCGGGUGGCCAGCAGCCACCACAGCAGCAGCCUCGCAUGGCCCGCUCCCCCACAAACAACCUGCUGAAGCACAAGGGCCUCUCUUUGUCUAUGCAUUCACUGAACUUCAUCACCGCCAGUCCGGCCUCCCAGUCUCAGCUCUCACCCAAUGCCAAGGAGUUUGUGUACAAUGGCGGCAGCGGCGGCUCGCCCAGCCUCUUCUUUGAUGGGGCGGAUGGCCAGGGCAACAGCACCUCGGCCCCUUUUGGGAGUAGUGGAGCUGGCACUUGCAACAGCGGCAGCUUUGACGUGUCUCAGGUGUUCGGAGGUGGCGCUAACAGCCUCUUCUUAGAGAAAACGCCCUUCGUCGAAGGCCUCAGCUACAACCUGAACGCCAUGCAGUACCCCAGCCAGCCCUUCCAGCCUGUGGUGCUGGCCAACUGAUGGUCUUCCUGUCUGCCAGGCCAGGAGCACCCACGACCACAGAACGGAGAAAGGAGAGGCCAAACAAAGGAGGAAAAGAAAACUGUACAAGAGAUUCCAAUCUUCUCAUUCUCACAUCUAGGAAAAAGAUCCGCCGCCGCGGCACGGAGUAGGAGGGGCUCCCCAAGCGGAAGUCGUGUCUGGCUCCGCCCCUGACUAUUUCCUGCCUGCCUCUGAUUUCAUUUGGUUGGUUUGGGGUUUGUAGUUUUUUCUUGUUGUUAUAUGUAGUUUUCUAUAUGACAUCUUUAAUUAGUGGUUUCCUGGGCUAAGAAUGGUCCAGAUGUGAGUUGCUGCCCCCUCUCGCCUUCAUGCUCCUUUGGGAUUGGUGUGUUCAGGCCCACAGGGAAAGAAGAGCAGCAGCUGGAACCAGACAGCCCCCGGAGCAGGGAGAGGCUGGCCCUGUGUCCGCGGCCUCACCUCCCCCUCAGUCUGGGUCACAGGGAGCUGCUGACUGGCCACUUGACACCCUCCCCCAAAGCUAAUACCUGUGACUAUAGGGAGGGUAGCACUUUUUUUUUCUAGUUGGAAUCCUUCUCUUCUGUCCUGUGGCCUCAUCCCUCACCCCCUCCUGGCCUGGACAAGAUAUACGUAGCCUCUUUCUCCAGUGCAGCGUUCCCUGAGCCGAGGUUAAGGUAGAGAACAGAGGUAGGGUAAGUGUAUGUGUUUCUGUGUGUGCAUUCAUGCCUGUGAGUGUGGGUGGCUUGCUGUCGUGGUCUAAAGGAGUCCAAGCCACGUGGAACUUCCCUCUCCGGGUGUGAUUCUGGGCUGCAACAAGUGCUUAGUUAUGUGCAGGGCUGGGGGAUGGGCCCAGGGUCGACUGUCCGUGUGUAAGGCUGUAGGACAGUGCAUGUGGUGGGGUGACGCGUGGCCAAGCUAGGAAGCUCCAGGGAAGCACUGCAUAAGGAACCGGUUUGCCAGACUGCAGAGGGAGCUGCACUUUCGUUUGUUUUUGACCAAAAAAUAAAAAUAAAAAAAUCUCAGAAGGGCGGGAAGAAACCCAAACCUGAUGCCUAAGAGGGGUCCCUAGACUUCAGCAACUCUGUUGUGUGACCUUAGCCCAGGGUAGGGACAGGGAGGGGAUUGGGAGCCGCUGCCUGUGGUGGGCAGUACUGAGCCUUGAAUAAGACUUUGUGAUUUGGGGUUGUAGGUGUAAAUGCAUUUGCAGCGUCUGAGAACUUCUUGGUUCCGGUCUCUUGCCCUCACCUAGCACUACUUGACCUUGAUGCUGUGAGCUGUGACCUGGGCAGACAAGAGAAGCCCUGCCCCACCCCCCUUCUCCCCAGGGACUCCCAGUGGGAACUGCUGUGGCAGUGAGUUCAGCCCAGACAGACACUGCCAACCCUCUCCUUGCGUUGGGCGCUAGCUCUACCUCCCCCCGCAGGGCAAGGCCCUGAGUUCUCAGCCCAGCACCAUCUGUUCCCCAGUCUUCUCCAGCCUGCCCUUUCUGGGCCUCCUGUUCCUUCAUCCUCGGCGCCCACACAGGUGACAGUCCCGGGUGAAGAACCUCUCUGGGACAAGCUGGGUGUUGCCUUACCCCCAUUCCCAGCCCCUCCUCCACAUGCACACUGGUACCACCUGCACCCAAGCCAGCUUGUUCCUCACACCGGGAGACUGGAGCCCAGCCCCUGUGUCUUUGGAAGUAGAAAGAAAAAUGAGUGUUCAGGAACGUGACUUCUGCACUCGGCUCUCGGCCCAGUUCAGUGUCUCAUCGCAAAUCUAGGCAUUUUUGCUUCAAUUUUAUUUUUUUUUUUUUAAGAAAAAAACAACUCUGCACUAAUUUACCUGGUUUCGUAGAAAAACUUUUUUUUUAUUUUUUACAUUUUUUGGUGUCCGUUUGUAUUGAAUAAUUUGCUACAUUUGUAAAAUGUAAGAGGUAUAUAUAAUAUAUGUAUAUUUCUAAUGUAAGAAACAUAAUUUUUUUUCUUUUCAAGAUUUUUUUCUUAAGAGGAGAGAAACCAAUAUUUUUUCAGGAAAAACAAACUUUAAAAAAUAGGAACAUAAAACCUUUUCCUCCCUUUCCCCAUCCUCUCUAUCCCUCUCACCCAGGAGCAAAACUGAAGGUGGAUUAUCUUGUUAAGAAUACCAGCUGUCAAGCCAGGCGGUGGUGGCACACGCCUUUAAUCCCAGCACUCGGGAGGCGGAGACAGGUGGAUCUCUGAGUUCGAGGCCAGCCUGGUCUACAGAGCAAGAUCCAGGAAAGACACCAAAAGUACACAGAGAAACCCUGUCUUGAAAAAACAAAAAACAAAAAAAAAAAAAAGAAUGUCAGCUGUCAGUCCAGAGUGCUGUCCUUUUCUUGAUGCUGAAGCAUCUCUCCCUAGGGGUGGGGACAGGCAUUGAGGCAGCCAUAGAGAGGAGCCCGGGAGCAGGGCGAUGACCUUUUUUUCUCUAGUGAAGGAAGAAUGCAAUCAAGACAUUUUGUAUUCAGAACGUUGUGCAAUAUUUUGGAAUGAGACAUUGGUGUGUUUAGAGAUUUAGUUUCAAAACAAAGAUUGAUCAAAUCUGUACAGUUUAUAUUGUUCCAGAUUUUUUUAAGUUUGUAUUAAAAGCAUGAUAUAUAAUA